CUUGUUUUCAGGGACUAACUUUUCACCACCUCGAUGGCGGAGGAACUAUUGGUGUCGAACGAUGCAUCAUUUUGCUCGCACCUCACAAAGUCCCUGCUGGCGGUGGCUUUCCUGUCCUCAUUUGGCAGCUCAAUGCUCUACGGCUUCAAUUUGGCUGUCGUCAACUCUCCUGCGCAGUACAUCAAAGCCUUCUACAAUGAGACACUUAGGGAAGAAUACAACUGGAUUCUGGAUGAGGAAUCUCUCACAGUCUUGUAUUCUCUCACCGUGUCCAUCUUUGCUAUUGGUGGAAUGAUCGGAGCAAUGUUAGUGGGAAAAUUGGUGACCAAAUAUGGAAGGAAGGGGACGUUGGUGAGAUCCAGUGUGUUGGUGUUCAUCGGUGGAGGUCUUAUGGGCCUCAGCAGAGUCUGGAGAGAGCCAGCCAUGGUCAUCAUUGGACGCUUCAUUGUUGGGGUACAUUCCGGUAUCUCUCUCAGCGUCGUGCCAAUGUACCUUGGGGAGAUCGCACCUAAGAAUCUACGAGGCUUCCUGGCUCUUAUUCCCAGCAUCCACAUUUGUCUCGGGGUCUUCAUUGCUCAGGUGCUGGGACUUCACGAGCUGUUGGGAAAGGAAAAGCACUGGCCACUGCUCAUGUCUCUUGUGGUGUUUCCAACUCUGGUCCAGCUGAUGUUUCUACCAUGGUUUCCUGAAAGCCCACGCUACUUGUUGAUUGAAAAGGGAAACACUCAGGCCACAAUUGCAGCCCUCAAGUUGUUCCGUGCCAGAGGAAACAUCCAGGUGGAGGUGGAGGAGAUGCAGGAGGAACAACGCUCCUUGUCCUCCAUCCAGACCGUGUCUGUGUGCGGCCUCCUCAAGGACCGCUGCGUUCGCUGGCAGGUCAUCACCAUUAUCGUGGUCAACAUCGGAAUGCAGCUGUCUGGGAUUGAUGCGAUCUGGUUCUACACAAAUGAUAUAUUUGAGAAUGCUGGAAUUCCUAAGCCUCAUAUCCAGUACACCACAGUAGGAACUGGGGCCAUCGAGGUCAUCUCUGGGAUGCUGGGCUGUUUUACGAUUGAGCGUGUAGGCAGGAGACCUCUGAUGAUUGGCGGCUACCUCUUCAUGGCCCUCUGCUGUGCUGGCAUCACCAUUACAGCCCUCUUCCAGGUUCACUUGGCUUUCCUGCGCUACAUUAGCGUGGGCUGUGUUGUUGGCAUUAUCGGUGGUUUCUGCAUUGGUCCAGCUGGCGUUCCUUUCCUGAUCACUGCUGAGCUGUUCAAGCAGUCACACCGACCGGCCGCCUACACAGUAGGAGGUUGUCUCAACUGGUUGUCCAACUUCACCAUCGGUUUCGUCUUUCCCUUUCUUGAGCUGGCCACCGGUCCUUACUGUUACCUCAUCUUCUGUGCAAUCUGCUUGGGAGUGGCGGUCUACACCAUCUUCAUCAUCCCCGAGACCAAGAACAAAACCUUUAUGGAAAUCAGUCAAAUGUUUGCCUCCAAGAACGACAUCCUUGAAGAGGAGCUGACAUCCAACGGGCACCUGAAAAUGUCUCAGAUGAACGGCUACGGGACUUUGGACUAUCAUGGCAUCAAGUAAGCGUGGGGACAAAUGUGGACCCACUCGCUCUGUGACUGGACUGUGUUGCCAGGUGUAAGCCUGGCAGAGGUACGAGGUUUGAACAAUCGAUACUGUAGAGACAAUAAAUGCUAAAUUGUCUUCUGCCCACGUGUAAG